AUGCCUCUCCCAGCGUAUGCCAAUAAUGGUCCGGUGGACUGCUCAAUUAAGCCCGACACAAAUGUUUUGAAGGGGAGAAGCGUCGUAAUUACCGGAGGAGCGAAUGGGUUCGGUGAGGCGUUUACUAGAGCGUUUGCGGCUGCAGGGGCAUUCGUGACAUUCGGCGACAUCGAUGUCAAGAAAGGCGAGAGUCUCGCCGCAGAACUGGGAAGCAACGUCCGAUUCGUGCGGUGUGAUAUAACCUCAUGGGAUGAUCAGCUUGCUUUGUUCAAAAAGGCUGUUACAGAAUCGCCAGCCAAGUCUUGUGACAUUGUCAUCGCGAAUGCUGGAAUCACAGGCCCCGAUCCAGUUUUUACCCUUGAAGGCAUGUCUGGGCCUUUGCCUCGCGUCCCACAGCCUCAUCCACUGACGAUUGUCUCAGAUCCAACCACGGAGCCGACGAAACCGGAACUUCGGAUUCUUCAAGUCAACAUGAUUGGAUCCUUCUAUACACUCAAAUUGGGACAACAUUACCUUCGGUUUGCCCCAGAGUCAGCACAGAGUGACCGGUGUUUCAUCUUCAUGGGCAGCAUUGCCGGCAUCCUGGAUCAGCCAGGUUCUUUCCAGUACUCUGCGUCCAAAUUCGGCCUUCGCGGGCUCAUGAGAAGCGCCAGGCGUACACUCUGGCAACAAGACAUACGGAUUAAUUACAUAGCGCCAUGGUACACAAAGACGACCAUCUUGAAACCCCAGGUCAUUGCCACGUUGAUUUCAAAGGGCGUGGAAUUUGCAGAGAUUGAAGAUUGCACCACUGCUGCACUUCGAAUAACUUGUGACAGAAGCAUUAACGGACGUUCCUUUGGAAUUAUUCCGCGCUCAAUAGUGUCUGAAGGGUAUACAGAUAUCAAUCUUGAUGACUACGACGAAGGUACUCUAUGGCAAAAUCUCCAGUCUAUCGCUUUGGCGGCUUCCAUUCGGACAAUGCCUGCCGCUAAGCAAAAUGCUCACUGA